UACGGGUGCUAUUUGAACAACUGCACGACGCGCCGGGGGUACUACUGCGACGACUUUGGGCAGUGCUUCGCCGCGAAAUGCGGGGAUGGGUACCGGGAUGAGGACAUUGGCGAGACUUGUGAUGACUUCAAUACGAACAACGGGGACGGCUGUUCGUCUACUUGUCAAAUCGAGCCGGGGUUCACGUGUAAAAGAAAAUCCCAGUUCGAUGCCGACAGCUGUCGUCUCUUCCACCUUAUCAACUGUAAAAAUGUCUGGGUCUGGAAGAUUUCUAGAUUUGUCAUGCACAUUUUGCAUGACUCCUGAUACCUGUGAUGCAUGCCCUAGAGUCACAGAUUUUGUGAGGGCUUCCUGAUGCCUAUACCGCAUGACAAAUGCUCUUUCCGUGUAGCAAAACUUGGACUCUCUUUGCUGCUCAUGCAAUACAGAUUUUUUUAGAAUCCAAAGUUAGCAUGACAAGUUGGAUUCUUCCAGACCCAGACAUUUUUACAGUUGAUACACCUCGCACCCUCGGAAUUUUUCAAGUACCCCAGUUACGGCUCCGAUGGGCGGUUCAUGGGGAACAGCUUCGACCUGCAGAUAUCAUAAGAACAAAGUUCGUCACGAUCACGCAUGGGUAUUUUUGCACUACAAAAAAUGCCUGUCAUGCGUAAAAAUGCAUGAUAGCCUUCUUCAAAAGGGAUUUCCCUUAGUGUUGCUGCAAUGCAAGGAAAAGUUGUGAUGCUAAAAAAAAUUGCAUUACAAAUUUCGCAUUAAAUGCAAAAUCUCCAAGAUAGUGACUGUGACAAACUUUUUUCUCUCCAUAGCAGAGGCAGGCUUUGUACUACAGUCCGCGCAAGGAUAAGAAGGUGGAAAUUGGGGCUUUCACGAAAAAUUUUGUCAACGACACAACCAACGCGGACAACGAAUUUUUCCAACAGGGCUACUCCGUCUGCCGGCAGGAGUUUUUUGCGAACGAGAAAACGAGAAGUAGUUCAGGCUCUGCAGUAUCUACUACUACCCAAAAUUUAAAUUACAAAGACGACACGAAGCCUAUGCCCGACUACCCGUCGAGCCGCGCGACGGUCAUUCCCAGGGGCUAUCUGUCCGAAGACGACAGUUUUGAGGUGGCGUUUCCAGACGACAAAGAGUUUGAAUUCUUUAGCCAAAAGUACAAAACUUUUUUCAUUGGUUCCAACGGGUAUCUCACCUUCCAAGCGCCGGACACCAGUACAACCGCGAGUCUCGCCGCGCACUUCGACCAGCCCCGGAUUUCCGGCUUCUUCGAUGAUUUGAGCCCAAAUCUGACCCCGGAUUCCUCGGUCACUUACGAGACGAAAGACUGCGUUAGCGACAGUCCGGCAGCGGCGAACAAUGAGAACUACGACAAUCUGUGCAGAAUGGUGAUCACCUACAUGAAUGUCCACCGGCACGGGCUGCAGACCUCCCAGGAGGUUUUGACGAGAAAUCUGACUCUCGACAACACGUUCCAAAUCACGCUUUACCUGAAUACGAACGUGAUCCGCAUUCUGUGGUGGAAUUUGAUGGAAUUCCCUCUAUCCUACCCGGGCUUCGUUAUCGGAAUAUCAGGGGGAAGAACCGCACUCGGUGCCCCCUACCAAAACGCCUUCGGGUCCAGCUUGUAUCUGAAGCAGGGGUACCUGACUUUGCCGACAAAUUCCGCGACUUUUCCGCGGAACACAGUUUUCGCGGACGUUUUCAAGGACUCCUUCACGAUAGAGUUUUACUACAAGGUCGAUCUGCAGGACAGACUCAAAGUGCAAACGAACCAAAUUGUGCCGAUUUUCACGACUACAAUCACCGACGCGAGCUCCGCGAACCAGCUGAAUCUGUAUUUGAACGCGGACAAUUCUCUGUCCCUCCGCCUCGCCGGGACGAACAUGCCGUCGCCGUUCACGAAGAUGGACAAGUUUCGCUUACCACUGGACACGUGGGUACACUUGGCCUUCGUCGUCGAGCGCAAAUCCACGCAGUGCUCGCUGGUCACGAAUUCCUGCACGUAUGUGAUUCUCUACGUCGAUUCGAUCCGCGAGGGGGAUGCGGAGUUGGACGAGUCGUGGCAUUUUUCCAGUGUGGAGGAAAUUUCGACAAAUGUUGCCACCAACAUCACGACGAACACGACGAAAGUCACGUAUUUGGCCCACGACUUCAACAACGGACAGGGUUUCCGCAUCGGCGGCGGCGACAUUAGCCUUCCCGACCCGACGAGCCAGAGUUCCGGGCAGUUGAGCACGCAGGCGGCGUAUUUUUACCAGUUUCGGAUUUACAAGCGAGUGCUGCAGCCGAAGGAGCUCGGGAAGUGCGAGUUCCACGAGGAUUUCGAGGCGCGAAACGCUUUGGUGGUGCAAUUCACGUUUGACCAGACUUUAUCCGAGUUGAAAAAUGGGUUGAAAGUGGACCGGUUUGGCGAGAUGGAGUUCCUGCACGAGACCCCGUCGGAAACCACCUGUGCGGCGAAAACCACGGUGGCGACUGGACUGCAGGAAACGGGCGACUUGACGGACGACUUAUCCUCCGCGCCCCUGUGCACCUUUGAGCAAACUUGCGGGAAUUUCAUUUUGGAAAAUCUCGAGGAGUGCGACGACGGAAACUUAGAUGACAGCGACGGCUGCGACAGCAACUGCCGGAUCACGACCAAUUACGCGUGCGAGUCGCAACUGAUUGCCAGUACGAAUGACUACGGGAACAGCACUUGUCAUUUAGUCCAGUGCGGCGACGGGAUAAAGGAGGGGACGGAGGCUUGCGACGACGGAAAUUUGCUCGACUUGGACGGGUGUUCGAAGGAUUGUAUCAUUGAACCAGGGUACGCCUGCACCGCGACCAGCACGUCACUCGUCUCCGGGACCUACAACCCGUCAAUUUGCAGCGGUAUCUGCGGCGACGGGCGGGUGGUUGCGAACGAAACGUGCGACGACGCGAACGAAUUGAACUUCGACGGGUGCGACGAGAACUGUGGCGUGGAAGUUGGGUACAAAUGCCUUUUAACCGAAAGACCGACAAAAUGCCUCCCGAUCUGCGGCGACGGGGUGCGAAUCGGCGGGAAAGAGGAGUGCGACGACGGGAACACGGCGAAUUCCGACGGGUGUAGCGAACACUGUAAAGUGGAGCUCAACUGGCACUGCGCGACGCCCGCCGAGCAGUCGACGCGGACGCUGAUCAACGAGUUGGGGGCGAUCAACGUGUUUGAAACCGUGAAUCCGCAGACGCAGCAGAUCGAGAUCAUGCGGAAAUACCACACUUUUGAGACGAUCAUCAACAACGACAUCAGCGAGCGGAUCGUGCCAGAAUCGUUUACGUUUGGCUUAGGUGACAACUGCAAACGGACGGUUUGUGGGGAUGGAUUAAUCGAAGGGCAGGAGGAGUGCGAUGACUACAACGGCUUCAACUACGACGGCUGCUCUUCCACUUGCAAAAUCGAG